CGCAUAUAGUGAAUGCAGGGUCCGGGGAGACCAGAUAUAGUGAAUGCAGGGUCCGGGGAGACCAGAUAUAGUGAAUGCAGGGUCCGGGGAGACCAGAUAUAGUGAAUGCAGGGUCCUGGGGAGACCAGAUAUAGUGAAUGCAGGGUCCGGGGAGAGACCAGAUAUAGUGAAUGCAGGGGUCCGGGGAGACCAGAUAUAGUGAAUGCAGGGUCCGGGGAGACCAGAUAUAGUGAAUGCAGGGUCCUGGGAGACCAGAUAUAGUGAAUGCAGGGUCUGGGGAGACCAGAUAUAGUGAAUGCAGGGUCCGGGGAGACCAGAUAUAGUGAAUGCAGGGUCCGGGGAGA